UGAAUUGUUUACCACGAACACCGUGCUUGCUGCUGCUGAUUGCCGCUCUUUAAAUCGAGAAUAUACCAAGACGAAAUACUUUAUUUAACACGCAGUUUAAAAGAAGGAUCUCCCACAAAGGACGCUAAUUUUCCAAGUUUAGAUAAACAGCAAGUACUUGAGUUCGCCAUGAUUAUUCCGGUGCGUUGCUUCACGUGUGGUAAAGUGAUCGGCAACAAAUGGGAAGCGUAUCUCGGGCUUCUGCAGGCCGAAUAUACAGAAGGUGAUGCUCUGGACGCUCUCGGAUUGAAAAGAUACUGCUGCCGCCGGAUGCUUCUCGGUCAUGUAGAUCUAAUUGAAAAGUUGCUCAACUAUGCUCCAUUGGAGAAAUGAGCAGAUAUUGUAUUGUGUUUAAGCUUACUUUAUUGAUGCGUGUUAUUUUGUAAAAAUACAACUAUAGCGUAACAUAACA